AAUCCCCGCCCCUCUCAAAAUCGUGCCGCAGGGUUUAAGCGGUGAGAGAGAGAGAGAAGGAGGUCAAAAUGAUUCCUCGUCGAGCCCUGGUUUCUCUCAGGCGGCAAGCAGCAGGGGCAGCCAGCAAGCCCAACACCACCGUCCCUCGUUUUUCCUCCACUUAUGGAACAACAAAACCUAACCUUGAUUCACUUUUUAAUUCCGCGCUAUCGCAGAAUCAAAAGAAGCCCUCCUUAAGAUAUCUCUCCUGUUAUUGUCCUUGGGUUUCUGUAGCAGGUAACAACAAUGAUAUGGUUAGCAAUGGAGUCUUGGUUGUUCGGAAUUUGUCCACGCGGUCGAUGAAUGACUCGUCAAAUAGGCCUCCUAAGGAGACGAUACUCCUGGAUGGAUGCGACUUCGAGCAUUGGCUUGUCGUCAUGGAGCCUCCCGACCCUAAUAUCACUCGUGACGAAAUCAUUGACAGCUAUAUCAAAACCCUAGCUCAGGUUCUUGGCAGUGAAGACGAAGCACGGAGAAAGAUUUACUCGGUAUCGACGAGGCAUUACUUUGCCUUUGGAUGCCUUGUUUCAGAGGAACUCUCGUAUAAAAUCAAGGAGCUGCCAAGGGUUAGAUGGGUACUUCCCGAUUCUUAUCUGGAUGUCAAGAAUAAGAGCUAUGGAGGGGAACCGUUUAUUGAUGGACAAGCUGUGCCAUAUGAUCCCAAGUAUCAUGAAGAAUGGGUCCGAAAUAAUGCCCGGGCAAAUGAAAGAUCAAGGCGUAAUGACAGGCCAAGGAAUUAUGAUAGGUCGAGAAACUUUGAGAGGCGGAGGGAGAAUAUGAUGAACAGGGAUAUGCCGCCACCUCCACCCCCUUCAACACCAAACUCUGUGCCUCAGAACCAGGGUGGUCCUAACCAGGGAGUGCCCCCCGUUGGUAAUCAUGAGUUCCAGAACCAGGGACCACCUUCCCCAAUGCCAAAUCAGACUUUUGCAAGUCAGACUCAGAAUGUGCAACCACCAAAUUUAAAUGUACCACCACCAGUGCAGAACCCAGGUUUCCAGAACCGACCACCACCACCACCGCCGAUGCAGAAUCGUGAUUUCCAGAAUAGCUAUACAACACACCCUGUGCAAAAUCAGAAUUUCCAAGCUAGAGAUAUGAACGUACCUCCUCAGAUGCAGAAUUGGAACACACCGCCACCGGUUCAAAAUUGGAAUUCCCAGAUUAGGGACACAAGCAUGCCGCCUGCUACACCAAAUUGGAAUUCUCAGCCUCCUCCAACACAGACUUGGAAUUCCCAGGGUAGGGACAUGAAUAUACCUCCUCCACCUCCAGCACAGACAUGGAAUUCCGAGAGUAGGGGCAUGAACAUGCCUCCAUCUCCAGUGCAGACGUGGAACUCACAGAAUAGGGAUAUGAACACACCACCAACAACACAGAAUUGGAACUCUCAGAGUAGAGACAUCCCACCUCCCUCUCAAAACUGGAAUUAUCAGAGUAGGGAUGUGAGACCACCAGUUCAAAAUCAGGACUUCCAGGCCAGGGACAUUGAAAAUGUAUCGAACAGUGAUUAUCAGAAUCGGGGGACACAUAUGGGAGGUCUGCCAAAUGGAGAAUACCACAGCAGGGAAAUGCCCACUAACAUGGGCGUGGGAAACAUACCAAGUAGAGAUUACCAAGACAGAGACGUACCUGGUAACAUAAGCAUGAACAAUGCUGAGAGCAGAAGCUACCAGAAGCCGAGCAGUAUGAAUAUGGGAAAUACACCAAAUAGGGAUUACCAAACACGAGACAUGCCCAGUGGAGAUUAUGAACCUGUUGCAAGUAGGAACUUUUAGCUUGGGAAUGACACCUUGGCGGCGAAUAUAAAUUGAAGUUUUGUCAACAUCCGUGCUCAAACCUGUCUUUGCUAUCUUGUAUGCAUCUGGCAUUGAGUGUUCUAAGUUGAAAGUUUUGGCGAUUAGACUGGAUCUCUCUUUUCUUGUUUCCAUAUGAUUCAUAUGAUGAAACUUGCAUUUUGACAAUAUUAAUUGUUUGGUAGUGAUUGUGGUAUUUGCUGAUAGGGUUUACGUUCAAGCUAUAAACAAUUUAUAUUUAGUAAUACUAAAUUAUAUGAUCCGGUUUCUUUAA